CCGUAUUCCCGCAGAUUAAUUCAAAAUGAGGUUCCUUGCCGCCUUCUGGACGAUUCUCGCCGCGACAGCGAGCGGCCACGCCUGCGCCAAACCCACGGGCCCACCACUGACGUUCCUCCUCUCCGCCAAUGUCACCGCCGCCCCCAAAUUCGUCGUCGGACCAGAAGCCCUGGGCACUCGCGUGGGACUGCCCAUCGCUGGUGGGACUUUUGCCGGCCCGUAUCUGAAUGGCACCUUCCUUCCCUUGGGUGUCGAUCUCGGGAUCCUCACCGACGAUGGGAAAUUUUAUCCCAAUGGGGUCGCAUACUUGAAUACGACCGAUGGUGCCAUUAUCGUUUUCCGCGAUCAGGGAUAUCAGGCGGACGGCGCUAUCUACGGUUCCGUCUCGUUCGAAACGGGGUACGAGAAAUACAAGUGGUUGAAUACUGUUGUAGCUAUCAGCAGUGCUGCUUUAACUCCGAGCGGCUCGGGCUCGGGAGUUGGUCUGGAUAUCUUUAUCGUGGGUGAAAUCCCAUAGGCCAUGGGCUGUCUUCUACCAGAAAGGGCAAAUCGCAAGAGCGAAAUAAAAGAGAUCAUCACACACGAGAUAUUUCCUAUGGCUUAGGAUUUCGUGCUCAGUCCAAAGGUAGCAUCUCAUUGCAAUAUGCGUACCUGGAUCGUUAUUUCUCUACAUUGCAGUAUAAAUAGAGUUUAAUUAUUUUACACUACGUCGCCGA